AUGGAUUCUGCCUGUAUAGUAGAAAAAACAUUGUCGACCUUCAAGGCACAGCCAGCUAUGAAAAAAUCGCUGCAAUCUGGCACAACUACUUUGACCACUCCCUUGGUACUAUCUGCCCUCCAUGCUCCGUCAACAUUGGCUUUGAGCAAGCCUUGCGGCGGCCAUUGCCAACGUGGAGGGGCGAUUGACUUGGUGCUUGUGGUUUUCUUCUCCGAACUUUCUUGGGCUUUUUAA